AUGGUCAUCAUUCGACAGGCAACAGCUGUCGUGAUACCGUUCAUGCUCUGCGUCACGUCGUGGUGGGCUUUCAUUGCGUCGUUCGAGGAUGACAGCGACAUUGGAGGUCCAGCAGACCCAGGCGGACGUUGGUGGAGCUCGACAGGCUUGCGCCUUUUCGCCCUCGUACCGUUCGCGUUGGCUAUCUUGUUCGGAAGAAUGGUAUGGAAGCGGAGAAAGAGGCUCGAAAGGACGGUUGCUGUCGUCGAGCUGUCCUCUUCAUUCCUGCUGGAUCAUCCGCCAGUGUUACUGCUCACUCCCGCACUGCUCAUGGUCUUCGCGGUGCUUUCCAUACCUUACCUUACGCUACUCCUCCGGUUGCUACUAAUCGGGUACUACCGACACCCCCGCGAGAACACCUACAUUUGGCACGUCAAGCCAUACGCGGACAUUUUAAUCGUGGUGGUCUCCCUGCUCUGGCUCUGGACAUGGGUCGUUGUCAAGGGGGUUGGGCGAGUUGUUACCGCUGCUGUGAUCAGCGAGUGGUACUUUCACCGUAACGAUCGAGACCCCCCUGCUACGGUUGAUCUGACUGUCGCCGCCAUCCACCGGGCCACGGGACCAAGCCUGGGCUCGAUUUGCCUCAGCUCUUUGAUCGUCGCCGUGAUGCGUUUCCUGGGCCGUGUUGCCAUCGAGUUGCGCAGGGCAUUGAACUCCAGGUCAGGGAUGUUGCCGAUACCAGUCGACCUGGUCGCGGCGAUUUCCCCUGUCAUCGUUAUGCUUUCAGGGCUGUUGGACUAUGUCAAUGGCUACGCCUUGAUCUACGUUGGGGUCACGGGCGAAGCAUUCUGGCCCAGCGCCAAACGAGCUAUCGGACUGGCCGGACGACGGAAAGGUUCUAGGCUGCUAGACUACACCCUUAUUAAAUUGCUUUUAACUCUCUCUUCAACGACGAUCGCUCUCGCUACGGCUGUAGUGGGGUAUCUCUACGCAGCGCAUGCAUUGUCAGCUGCGAGCCACGCACCGCUCGCUGCGUUGCUGUGCGGAGGCGUGCCUUUCUUCGCUGUACGGGCAUGUGCGGGAGUGCUUGGAGAUGCUUCGGACGCACUCUUCAUCUGUCUUGCCAUCGACGAGGCUAUCGAGGGUGACCAUUGCACGCAAGCCAAGGCAGCUGUAAGGAAAUUGGUUCAUUUCACUAUACUCGCCUUUGAUGCUAACGCGGAUUUGUAUUUCGAAACAGUUUACGGAAGAGAAGCCCUUAGCACAAAGUGCUGUGUGAUACUCUUAGAAUUAUGCGGUACAAGUUGUAUAUCAAUGUCUGCUGAGCAUAUUGUGUAUCUAAACGAAAUGUACAAGUGA